UAUGAAGGGGUGUCUGAAACAGCCCUCGCGCGUGUCGACGCCGCGCCUUGAGGGCGGACGGACACCGUCCCCGCCGUGUCACCACAAGAAGUGCGUCGCCUUUGGGUCAAUCGUCGCAGAAGAGGUGCACAUCGCGGACGAGUGGGACCGCACGCCCACUGAGCCUGCGCGAAAGCUGUCUUACCGAGACCUGCUAGAGCUCAAAGAGAUCCAACGCUCUCUACCACACGCGAACCAGCCCGACGACCUCAUCACAGGCCGCCCCGCACGGCACUUCCUCUCCACCGUGCCCAUACCACUCCUGCCCCUCCUCGCAGAGACGCCCUCCAGCUCCGAAUCCUCCCAGGCCUCCUCCCUCUCUCCCUCGCCACGGUCUUCCAGCCCCACGCUCUCCCCCGCCUCCUCCCCAACCUCCAUACCCACCACCCUCACCACCACCUCCUACCCCUUCCCAUACACCUCCGAGUCCCCAACGCCCACCAUCACGCCCACCUCACCCACCAAAGUCUCGAGCUACUCGACCCUCGCCUCGGACAUCGGCUCGCACCCCCCGUCCCACACGCGCGCGACGUCAUGCUACACCUCGUCGGACAACGAUAACGUCGCGCCCUGGACCGUCAACUUCCAGCGGCGCAAGGCCCCGCCACCGAUCGCCCCCGCCGCGUCGUACGCAUCGUCGUACAGGCCCCCGACGAACCUCGCGCACCUCCUUCCCUCCCGGCCGGCCCCGCAAAGGCCGAAGCCCUCGUUCGCUUUCGUGCCGUUGCUGGACACCCCGCCUGGGUCGGGGGAUGGGUCACCGAUGAGUGGGACAAGGCCGUCGUCGCCGCCCGUGGAGAAGGAAAUCGAGACAGAUACGGACACGGACCAGUCCGAGUCCGUCUCGCUCGACCCGCCGACGCCGUCGCUCACGAACGCGAGUCUGGACAGCAGCCCGCACUCAUGCGCGUCGAGCUGCUCGCCUGAGCCGAGCUUCUUCCAGCUUCCGCCCCCAAAGGCUAAUCCCAACCACCACAACUUCAAUCCCAACCACUUCAAUCCCAACCACUUUAAUAACAAUUUCGGCUCCAGCUUCAAGCCGCACGACCGACACCAGGAGGAAACCCAGCAUCAACACCAAGGCUACGUCUCUGGCUACGGUUCCGGCUAUGGCUACGGUUUUGGAUACGCACCCUCGACCGUGAAGCUGCAAGCUCUGCGCAGCCCAGUACUCGCCCCGCCCUCGCCGCUCAUGCUCAACAGCCCCGUGCCUGUUGCAGCACCGAAGCCGAAGCCGGCAAAGGUGAAGAAGCGCAACUUUAUCGUCGUGAACGAUAUGGAGAUCGAUUUGGACUCGGACUCGGACGACGAUCAGGAUCAGGAUGGGUCGGAGGAGGGAGGGGGAGAGGAGAAGGUGGUUUUCCAGGAGUCCUUAUCGAGGAGUCGAGAUAAAGAUGAGGAGCAGCAGGUUCAAGGCCUGGAUAGGAAGGGUGCCGUCACCCUCACCACCACCAAAGGCGAAGUCGAAAUGGAAAUCGAAGACACGGCCUUGUCAGAACCGAGGCUCGCCCCGUCUUCCUCAUCGUCUUCUUUGAGUCUGACGCCCUCGGCGUCGACGAACGACCUGGUACGAGUAGGGAGCGAGGACCCGGUGAGGCGGUUGGGGAGCGCGUGGUCAGAUCCGAGGUCUUCUUCCUCGUCUUAUUUCUCUUCUUCGUCUUCCAUCUCCAAUACCUCGUCUACCAAAACCGUCCCAAUUGUAACCACACCAACGACAACGGCUGCUCUCGAACCACCAACGACGCCAACCCCAGCCCGGCCGACCGCCCUACCCAUGCUCUCCGCGCUGUCGACGUCCACCGCGUCGAGCGCCUCGCCGCCUAGGACGCCCUCUUCUCCGCCUACGCCUUCGUUGCUCUCCUUGUCCCUCUCCUCUUAUCCUUCCUCCUCACACAACCCCUCAUUUCAGCCAUCCUCGUCGCCUUCAAAGGCGAUGAAACACAGUCAUCACUUCUCGUACGGCCAAGGCCGAUCCACCCCCCCGCCGCAUACGCCGCCGAUUUCACCGCCCAGACCGGCGUCGCACGGACACGGGUUUGGGAGGACGCACUCGCGCUCGCCCCCGCCUGCCACGAGCGUGGGUGUGGGUGGGGGCCCGAAUUUGCAUAUGCCUGUGGUGUUUAAAAGGGGGGCGAGGGCUGCGUA